AUGCCUCUUCCUACACUCCCCUUCGAAGUACCAGUCGAACACAUCAACCCACCAAAAGUUGGUCAAGGUGGUUAUGUUGGCUUCAACCGACACUCAGAAGUCCUUCCAGCAGGCUGGAAAUUUGAUCAUCCCGAUGCGAAGCCUCUGAACUGUGAUAUACUCGUUGAGCACGAUGUUACAUUCACGAUGCGAGAUGGUGUGAAGCUAUAUGCUGAUAUCUAUCGACCACCGCAAAGUGACAAUGAGCCCAUUCCUGCAAUCGUCUGCUGGUCGCCUUUUGGAAAGAAAUUUAACGGCCUCAUGUCACUGAGUCUCAUGGUGCCAUGGAAUUUGGGAAUUCAUCCCAAGACAUUAUCUGGUCUUGAGAAGUUUGAGGCACCUGAUCCAAAUGAUUGGGUUCCUCGUGGUUAUGCCAUUGUCAACGUUGACUCUCGCGGAUCAGGCGACAGUGAAGGAGUUAUGGCCAUCAUGGGCACUCAAGAAGCCGAAGAUGGGUACGAUAGCAUCGAAAGUAUAGCCAAACUACCGUGGUGCAAUGGUUCAGUCGGUCUCGCUGGCAACUCACAUCUCGCCAUCAUCCAAUGGUUUAUCGCCGCUCUACGACCCCCCAGUCUUAAGGCCAUCGCCCCCUGGGAAGGCUGCGGUGAUCUGUAUCGUGAGCAGUUUGCUCGUGGAGGCAUUUACGCCGGUGAUCUCUUCGACAAGCUUAUCAUCAAGUACAUGCUCCAAGGUCACAAGGGUAUUGAGAGUUUCAGAGAAAUGUUCAAGAAGCACCCACUUGCCAACGACUGGUGGAACGACAAACGACCAGACAUGAAAAAGAUCAAUAUCCCUACCUACAUCACCGGUACUUGGACGAAUACCAUGCACGGCAUGGGUGCCAUUCGAGGUUGGCUCGAAGUUGAUACACCACACAAGUGGCUUCGAUGGCACCCAUGGCAGGAGUGGUAUGAUAUAUGGGGCAAUGAGCAAGCCAACCCAGAGUUGCUGGACUUCUUUGACUACUUCCUCAAGGGAAAGAAGAACGGCUGGGAUAGCACACCCCAGGUGCGUAUGGCCGUGUUGAGAUUUGGAAAGAAGGAACCUCAGUCAUACGAGAAUAUCGUCGAGGAAGACUUUCCAAUUCCAAGAACAGACUACAAGAAGCUCUUCUUCACUUCAGAAGGCCAGCUCUCUCUUGACAAGCCCAGCGCGUCGUCAUCACUUAGCUACAAGUCUGAAACAGACGAUCGAGUCGGCUUUACAUACCGCUUCGAUCAAACGACAAGAUUGGUCGGCAUGCCCAAAGCUGUGUUGUAUAUGUCUUGUCCUGAUUAUAAUGACAUGGACGUUUAUGUCUUGCUCGAGAAGCUCGAUGCCAAUGGAGAAGUCAUGCUCAACCUCAACAUUCCUUGGAAGGGCAUCCCUAAGCAAUCCUUCGAAGAGAUGGACGAUAAGGAGAAGAUUGAGGUUGUGAUCUAUCGUGGCCCAAUGGGUGUUCUUCGAGCGUCGCAUCGCGAGAUCGAUGAGAGCAAGAGCAUGCAUCCACAUUGGCCUUUCCACCCUCACGAGAAGGAAGAGAAGAUUAAUCCAGGUGAUAUUGUCAGACUGGACAUUGGUAUCUGGGCCAUGGGUAUUGAGUACGAGGCGGGCGAGUCGAUCAGAGCUGUUGUUUGUGGUCGAAACUUGGGAGUGAGCAACUUUGGAAGCUUGGAACAUUUAGACAACAAGGGAACGCAUAAUGUUCACUGCGGUGGAGAGAACGCCAGUCAUAUAAUUCUGCCAUUUGUUUGA